AUGGCAAACAUUCUCUGCUUCCAUUUGUUCUUCUUUGUUUUGUACAUGUUCUUAUGUCAAACACCAAUUGAAGCUUACAACGCCGGUUUUAGUGUUCAACUAAUCCACAAAAACUCACCCAAUUCUCCCUUCUACAAAUCAAAUAGACUUCAUAAAUAUAGACAUGGCUCAUUCCACCAAGUUCCCAAGAAAUCAUUAGCCACAAAUGGUCCUUUCACUGGAGUAACAUCCAACAAUGGCGACUAUCUCAUGAAGUUUACAUUGGGAACACCACCAGUGGACAUAUAUGGUUUGGUUGACACAGGCAGUGACCUUGUGUGGGCACAAUGUACACCAUGUAAUGGCUGUUAUAAGCAGAAAAGUCCAAUGUUUGAGCCCCUGAGGUCCAAAACAUACAGUGCUAUUACAUGUGAUUCAGAGCAGUGUAAUUCACUCUUUGGUCACUCAUGCUCUCCUCAAAAACUGUGUUCUUAUAGUUAUAGUUAUGCAGAUUCUUCAGUAACCAAAGGGGUGCUUUCAAAGGAAACAGUCACCUUUAGUUCCACCAAUGGGGAGCCUGUUGUUGUUGGAGAGAUUAUAUUUGGAUGUGGGCACAGCAAUACAGGAAUUUUCAAUGAAAACGAUAUGGGAAUAAUUGGACUGGGUGGGGGUCCUAUGUCACUUGUUUCACAAAUUGGUACCAUUUAUGGGAGCAAAAGGUUCUCUCAGUGCCUGGUUCCUUUUCAUACAGACCCUCACACUUCAGGUACAAUUAGUUUUGGUGAAGCCAGUGAUGUUUCAGGUGAAGGAGUAGUCACAACUCCUUUGGUCUCAGAGGAAGGUCAGACACCUUAUUUGGUCACACUGGAAGGCAUUAGUGUUGGAGACACAUAUGUGUCAUUUGAUUAUUCAGAAAUGCUUUCCAAGGGAAAUAUAAUGAUUGAUUCAGGUACACCAACAACAUAUUUACCACAAGAAUUUUAUGACCGUCUGGUUGAGGAAUUGAAGGUACAGAGUAACUUGAUACCCAUUGACGAUGACCCAGACUUGGGCACACAACUUUGUUACAGAAGUGAGACAAAUUUGGAAGGGCCAAUCUUGACUGCUCAUUUUGAGGGGGCAGAUGUGCAAUUGAUGCCAAUGCAAACCUUCAUUCCACCAAAAGAUGGAGUAUUCUGCUUUGCAAUGGCUGGCACUACUGAUGGAGUCUAUAUAUUUGGCAAUUUUGCCCAAUCUAACAUUUUGAUUGGAUUUGAUCUGGACAGAAAGAUGGUCUCCUUUAAACCUACUGAUUGCACCAAUCAGUAGAGAUGAUUUUAAUGUAACUUUCAGUGUUAUUUAUAGUCAUAUAUAUAAUUUGACUUGAGAUUGGCGUUGGGGUCAAGUGGAAGAUUAGAGAUAUAAUAUCUUCAUACAGCAUU